GUGCUGGUGAAGGAUCACCUGGACAAGCCGAUCAACCGGGUUCAGGUUCAACUGGUGGAGCGACAGCUGUUCAGACGGGGGAAGACAGUGGAGGAGAUGCCCUGUCCCAGCUCAGCCAACAGCCAAUCAGACGGCCUCGCUGUCUUCAUCUGCAACACGCCCGGUGAAGCAGAGACCGCGGUGCUGAAGUUUGAGACGGCUGACCCCGCCCUCCCAGCAGCCAGUCAGGCGAGUCUGACUUUGCAUGCGGCGGCGUAUCACUCACCGAACCAGCGUUACCUUUACAUCGACCCCCCGCUGCCUGGCCGCGGCCUGACGCUGGGACAAUACGCCAACAUCAAGGUGUACUCGGCCACGCCCUCCUACCUGCCUGUCAGAGCCCUCAGUUACCUGGUGCUCUCUAAAGGGAAGGUGGUGGAAUUUGGGAAUCAUGAGUUCGUCUCCAGCGCAGACAACAAACAGACUCUGAGAUUUGAGGUGACGAGCGACAUGGUCCCGUCCAUCAGACUGCUGGUCUACUACAUCCUGUUCGGAGAGGGGACAUCUGAGCUGGUGGCCGACUCCGUCUGGUUGGACGUCAGAGACAAGUGUGUCAGUGGACUCCAGAUGGAUAGAGACACCGCUGCAGCCGAGGGUUUUUCAGCUCUCGGUUUUGUGGAAUAUGCAUCUGGAAGAACAACAUCUGGACCGAGACUGUUACUUUAAG